AAAUAAAGUUCAAAAUUUUCCCUCUUUUAAUGGAAGAUGUUGAAAUUCCGGAGUAUUUUAUAUGUCCAAUUUCUCUACAAAUCAUGAAAGAUCCUGUAACGAUCGUUACUGGUAUUACGUAUGAUCGCGAUAGUAUCGAAUGUUGGCUUUCCAAAAACCCUAAUAGUAACGCCAUUUGUCCGGUCACGAAGCUACACGUGUCACGAGAUUCAAACCUAACACCAAACCACACUCUCCGUCGUUUGAUUCAAUCGUGGUGUGUAUCGAAUGGAUUCAACGUUGUUGAUCAAGUCUUGACUCCGACUAAGCCUCCGUUAAGCAAAUGCUACGUCCUCAACCUCGUUCUUGAUCUCUCCGUCCCCAGGACGGAGAAUAUCAAGACGUUAGAGAAGUUGGAGAUGUUAGCUAAGGAGAAUAAUGAGAGAAACAACACAUACAUGGUUGAAGUUGGAGUUCAUGAAGCCCUAAUUAACUUCUUGAUCCAAUGUUACAUGAAAUGUGACACUAAUGGCCUUGAAAAAGCCCUUAGUACACUUUCAUUAAUUUGGGAUUCUUUUCCAUCUUGUCAUGAAAAUAAUAAAGUCGAAAAUCGCGAAGAGAUAUUAAUAGAUUCAAUCACAUGGGCGUUAGGUCUUGAACGCAACAUGCAAAACCAUGCAACGAUCAAGAACCACGCGAUGAGCCUUUUGAGAUCUAUCAUUGGGAAGGCAAAUUCAAGCACAUUGGAUAGACUAAAACCCCAAUUAUUCGAGAAAAUAAUUAGGGUUUUACGCGAGAGUGGUAGUAAUACUACCACCAUCGCACAAAAAGGAGUUGACAACGCUUUACAUGUCAUCCUAAACACUAGUCAUUCGGGCAAGAACCGGAACAUUAUGAUUCAAUCAAGGGCAAUUUUCGAGCUCAUCGAGCUCGAAAUCAAUUUUUCAUCAAAUAAAAAGACUAAAGAGCUUAUUUUUGAGAUAUUAUUCAAUUUAUGCUCUUGUGCUGAUGGUAGGGCACAACUUUUAAGUCAUGCUGCUGGAAUUGCUAUGAUUACAAAGAGGAUUUUAAAGGUUUCUCCAAUUGUAGAUGAAAAGGCCAUAAUGAUUCUUUGUUUGAUUACAAAAUAUUCAGCAACAAGUGGAGUUCUUCAAGAAAUGUUGAAAGUCAAAAGUGUAUCAAAGAUUUGUACUGUGAUACAAGCUAAUUGUGCUUCACAUGUAAAGGAUAAAGCAAGGGAAAUAUUAAGAAAUCAUUUUGAUUUUUGGAAGAAUUCACCUUGUGUUGAAGUUGUCACCUUAACAAGGUAUGCUUAGUGAUAAUCAUUACAAAGCUAUUUUUUCUUUGUUUUAUGUGUUUUGUAUCCGAUUUGAGACUCGACUAAUAAUCUGAAUUCACGCU